GAGCAGCGGCGUCGUCGUCAACUCGUCAUCGUCGUGUCAGUUCCCAAUUCCAAUCCAAAGCCCGCAGCCAUGUCAGCGCCGACCAAUCUCCCACCGCCGGCCGCCGCCGCCGCGCCGCCCCUCGCCGACCUUCUGGAGACCGCCACCUUCGCGCCCCCUGCGCCGGCGCCUCCGCCGCCCACCCCCACCGCCAUCCUCUCCGCGUGGUCGAACCUCAGCACCGCCACUCCAUCCUCCUCUUCUCCGUCCACCCUCGCCGCCCUCGAGACCCUCCACCUCCACCGCCGCUCGCUCCGCCUCAGCUCGGCGCACCUCGAGCAGCUCCUCCCGCUCCUCUCGCUCCACCCCCGCCUCGUCGCCCCGCUGCUCGCCACCGCCCCGCAUCUCCUCACCUCCUCUUCGCUCCCCCUCUCCUCCCUCCCCCUCGCCCCUCGACUCCUCCUCCUCGGCGCGCUCUCCACCGCCAAGAGCUCCAAGACUUCCCCCAUCAAUUCCAGCUCAGGGACCCCCAGCAGGGGCAGUGACCACGAUCCUGUUGUGGCUGUCAGCCGCAUUCUGGAGGAUUUGGAGCAGGGCGGCGAGAGCUGCGAUGGUAUUGAUCACCUGGCGCUCGCUGGGAUCGGUUACGCGCUGGCAAGUGCAGACGAGCUGCGCUUUCGGGGGAUCAUUGGCUCCCUGGUUAGGAUUUGCGGGAGGGUCGGGAACCUAGGUGUUGGUAUCAGGGUGCUUAAACUGGUGGAGUGGCUGGUCAUGGGGUUCGUCGAGUCGAGGAGGAUGCGCAAGGUUCAGGUUCUGUUGGAGAUAGUCUCGCCGGAAAACUGCGAGAGCCAGGGCUACGUGCUGUUCCCGGUGGUGAUGGCGGCCUGCGGUGCGCUGCGGGCGUUGAGGGUUUCUGCCGUGAGACUCCGGUUGGACUUUGAUCCGAAGUUGAAGGAGGCGCCUGAACGGACCAUCCGUUUCGCGGCUGAGAGGGCGAGUGAAGAAGGGAGGAAUGGUGGUGGUGGUGAUCUUCGCCGUGUCCUUCUUCAGUGUAUCGCAUUGGGCUUGACACGGUGUGGGCAGGUAGCGUAUCAUGAGUCGGUGUUCAAGUGUGUUUCCAUGGCACUGCUGGAGGAGCUCCUCCCUCUGCCACACCUGCUUAGGAUGUCAAUUAAGAGCCCAGAUGGAACUUCUGCUGAGCUUCUCAAGGAUCAGGUUAAGCAACACCAGGAUAGUAUCCUUUUCAGCGAGGCAGGACCGGUGACAGGGGUGCUGUGCAGUCAGUAUUCGUUUGCUGAUCAGAAGGCUAAAGACUAUGUCGAAACUAGCGUAUGUGAAUAUGCGCAGGAGCUGUAUCAUCAUCUUCGUGCAGCAGUGUUGCUGCACCAGGCGAAGCGGAAGGAUUUGCUCGGAGAGAUCGAUAAGAUUGCCGAUGCAGUAUUUUUUAUGAUUGUGGUGUUUGCAGCAGAGGUCACAAAGCACAGGCUGGAUGCAAACUCCUCAGGGGGGUUCCAGCCAGAGGUUGCUGUUAGGAUCUUGGUCGCAUUCUCUUGUGUGGAACAUCUGAGACGCGUGCGUCUUCCUGAGUACACUGAAGCGAUCCAGCGUGCUGUCAUUGUGAAUCAGGAGAAUGCGGCGGCCACUGCUUUGUUCGUUGAGUCAAUGCCUUCAUGUUCUGAGUUGACAAGGAAACCAGAUUUACUAACCAUGGAUGAAACAAGAUAUACCUGUUACAUGGAUGAGGUCCAGACAUCACGCAUAUUGUUUUAUCUGCGAGUUAUGCCUACUUGUAUUUCCCUCAUUCCAGCUCACAUAAUUCGGGAUAAAGUAGCUCCGGUCAUGUUCCUAUAUAUACAACACUCGAACGAAAAAGUAACACGUGCUGCACACUCGGUGAUGGUAUCAUUCCUGUCAUCUGGCACUGAGGCUGACCAGGAUGAUCGAGAAGCUUUGAAAGAGCAACUUGCCUUUGACUAUAUUGGGAGAUCUCUGGAGGUUUACCCUGGGGUAACCCCAUUCGAAGGAUUAGCGUCAGGAGUUGUAGCACUUGUUCGGCACCUUCCUGCAAAGAGCCCUGCCAUUCUUUUCUGUGUCCAUAGUCUUGUUGUGAAAGCUAAAGAUCUUUGCAGUACUGCAAUGGUUGAGGACAGAUCCUUAUGGAGAUCAUGGGAAGAGAGCACAGAACCUUGUAAGAAAAUGUCAGACUUGUUGCUGCGGCUCAUCUUCCUUGUCGAUAUUCAGUCAUUCUCUUAUCUGCUCAAGGAGCUGGCAGAAUUUGUCACUUGGCUACCAAAGGAAGGCCAGGAUGUGCUCCUCGAUGACAUGCAUGCCAGUGUUGCAGAUUCUGAUGAUGUUAUACGGAAGCCCGUGCUUGUGUCGUGGUUGCAGUCCCUAUCUUAUUUAAGCUCUCAAGCUAAUAUUCGUGAAUCUCGCAAUAACGCGAAGAAUGCUCGUUCUACAGGCGGAGUUGAGCUGAGCCUGAACAGAACUGUUGCACGUCUGUGAUAUUUUGUUUUAGGGGAAAACAGUAGGCGAAUUAUGUGCUGUUAAUUUUGUAUGUAAAGAUUUGUACAGGAAAGGUCAAAAGCAAGUUACAGGAAGCUAUCCAGCCAGCUCCCUAGCUCAGAAUAAGCAUUUCUUCUGGCUCUAUUGAAUACUACGGAGUACGUGUCACCUCUUCCAUCAA